CGCUCGCGAGCUGCGCUCGAGUGCACACCUCGAUUCUGUGCGAGUGCUCCACGCGUUUCUCCUCGACAUGUGAGUUCCCCACGCGAGUCCGUGACGCUGCUGAUAUCUUUUCUUUUCUUCUCUUCUCCCUUUUCCUUUCUCUCAUUUCCUCCACGUGGAAACACGCGUGUUCGCGUGCGGAUGCUAGUGAAAUGAGAUGAACUCGCGCGUCCCUACGAAGGGAUCCAAGAGAAGGGCGCUUGGCACUCACAAAAAUGUGUCACAUAAUGAUGCUGCUGAUAACGGCGUCCGCGAUGAUUCUCGCGCCUGUCAUCGCGAAUCCUUUCCUCGACGCUGCUCAAGAGAUGCCCUGCUGCUCACUGGUUACUGGAUCCUGUCGGAAUGUGUGCUCGAAGAUAUCCUUGGUGGUGCUGGGUGCGGAAGUUGAAGCGAGGGAAAAUGCCACUCAGCGUCUGUUGGAGUUCUGCUCCAUGGAGCUGAUGGACUUCUGGUCCUGCGUGAAUUCGACGUUGAAUGAUUUACAGAGGAACGAGAAUUGGAUAGGUCGAGGAUGCUGUCGUCUCGCACAAAAUCCCUCGUGUCGUACGACUUGCGCUCUGUCAGGUUCUACAAACGAUCUGAGCGAGUCCUGUCGUCCGAGCGACGAGCCCGAGUUCUUCUUCUGCCUGGAGAAACGCGAGGAGGCUGAACGAUGCUGCAGCAACGUCUCCAAUAACACUUGCAGGGUCAUCUGCAAGGAUCUCUUUUACAAGCCUGACAAGCAGUCCAGUUUAAAGUUGUACAGCAGUAAGGGAUGCUUCCAUCAAAUUCCCAAGUGCCUGAAGAGCGUAGCUGAGGUGAAGCACGCCGAAGAUCCGAAACAACAUUUGCAUUGUUGCGAGGAAGCAACUACUCCGGCGUGCCUGGACACCUGUCGCAAGAUCCUGCAUACCGCAACCACCGAUCAAGAGAUCAUGGACGCCCUUGCGGAAAAGUGCAGCCCCGUGUUGCCUCAGUCGCCGAUGUGGAGUUGCUUGUUGAAAUCAGGCUCGACGAAACCCGCGCGUUUACCGUUGGAUGCGGGCAAACUUGCAUGUUGCACGAAAGCGACGAGAUCCUCCUGCCAGAAUUUAUGCUGGCGAGCCUUUCAGGCUGAUUGGGAGUCUGCCUGGGUUCAGCUGGACGCGCAGUGUCUCUCGUCCAGCUUGGAGGGCGAACUCAGAAGAUGUCUUGAGGACGCCGACGACUCCUGCGAGAUGGGCUGCUCCGGAUUGUCUUACUGCGCGCGGUUUAACGAUAGACCCACUACCUUGUUUAGAACGUGCACGACUGCAGCCGAUGAGGCCGCGAAGUGGGAGGCCGACCAUUGGUCCAGAGGCAGCAUCAUUCGCGGAUUAGGAGUGCCUGUGCGUGCCGCAGCUUCCUGUCCAGCAGAGACCCUGCGUGCGGCGGCUUGUCUUUUGCAACUGCGACCCUGCGAGAACAGAAUCCACGAGACAAGACUCUGCCGCGAGGAUUGCCUGGAGCUGAUGGCCAGCUGCGUCGACUGGAGUGCAAUCACUGGACCGUACACUGCGGCUACGCUCUGCGCUAAACUCUCCCCAGGUAGACCGGACGCGCCCUGCGUCUCUCUGAGACCGUUCCUGAACGAUCCGCAGGACGACGAGGCCGUGAUCCAUCCCGAGGAAGACAUCACGACGCCGUGCAAGCAGAAUCCUUGCCCGCAGGGUCAGCUCUGCGUGCUCCAACCAAAUGGCGCCAAGAUCUAUCGUUGCGUGUCGGCGUGCUCCCUCGGCGAGAUGUCGAAGCAGCUGGUACCAGUCGGAUCCUGGAUUCAGAUCCCACGGUUUGAUCAGCAGGGCUGCCUCAAGAUUUGUCAAUGCACAACGCGUGGUCUGGAGAAGUGUCGCACGCUCAACUGCUUCAAUUUCAAAUCCUGCUGGGUGCACGACCGGUUUAUUCAGCACAAGGCCAGCUUCUAUCUCGAGUGCAACCCCUGCCACUGCUUCGAGGGCGAAUUUACGUGCUCCAAGAGAAGCUGCGGCGAGUUGCGUGCACCGUCCUUGCCCUGCGACUGUCCGGCACAUUACGUGCCGGUUUGCGGCAGAUUGGGCUUCACCUUCGCGUCCGCUUGCUUGGCGAAGUGCGCCGAGUUGUCGGCCACCGAGGUGGAGUUUGGCAGCUGUUCCAGCAGAGAUCCCUGCGAACCCAACCCCUGCGAUAGCGCAGAGAAGUGCGUCCGCAGGCCCAGGGUCUGUUUGUCGCGCUUACACAAGCCUUGUCGUCAAUAUGAGUGCGUGCCGAUGGACUGUAAUCCACGUGAUGAAUCUAGUGGACCGGUUUGUGAUCGGGAAAAUCGUCAGUACCCUUCCGUCUGUGCGAUGAUUCGAGCUGGAGCCAUCCUAAGUUACAGGGGACCUUGUCUGAGAGGCUGCAGUCUUCGUGGUCCAGUGUGCGGAAUCAACGGCGAGGUAUAUGCCAAUGAAUGCACAGCUUGGGCCGACAGGACUGUCGUGGACUACCAAGGACCUUGUGUCGCUGUCGGUCUCAUAGGCGACCAGGCAAAACCACGUUGUAGUGACGCUGUGCAGUGUCCUGCUUUGGUGGAGCCAUACUGCAUCGGAGUUACACCCCCGGGUGCUUGUUGUCCUGUUUGCGGAGGAGCGGCAAGAUUGUUUUACUCGAAGAAACAGUUGGACAGAAUUUAUUAUAUGAUGGACGAGGAAGCCGACAAGGAUUCCGUCACCCUGGAAGCUCUUCUGGUCGCUCUGGGUCGUCAAUUGCAAGUGGCACAAUGCGCUGUUCACGGUAUGAUGACGCCCGAUCGCGACAUUUUCAUCAUCGUUCAGCCUGUUACCAAGAAACCGUCGAAACUGCAACUGCGAGCUUGCGUGACGGAAACGGAGAAACUCGUCACCAGAAUUUCGGAGAGGAGUCCCAGGAUCGCGGCGGAAGUGCCUCUAGGUUCGCUUACCAGAGCCGAGGUGGCUCACAGUUACGUUUCGAGUGCCAUGAAAAUCCGAGUUCGGCUCGCAACCAUUGUCGUUACCAUCUUUGCGCUAAAUAUUUUAUCCUGAACGCGAUUACAUCGAAAGAAGAGAACAAGAUAGAUCGCUUAUUCUGCCCAGUAUGAUUUUCAAGCAUUUACGCGUGAAAAAUCCAAUUAAUCGAUUGAGAUAUCCAUAUAUUUUUUAUUGUACAGUGUCGAGUUCCGAGUUGCAGUUAUAAGCGAUAGAUCUUAUUUUUUUCAUUCGUUUUUGGUGCUGAAUGCGUUUCUUUACCUAAUCGCGAUGCCAUUCGCAGCGGCGAAUGUCUACAGCGUGUCUCGUGUCUGUGAUUCUUCUAGUGCCUUUUAAUAAUAUGCAGUAAUAUAGGAUGUAUUUUUAAUUACUAAUUAAUACUGCCAAAGAGAAGAGCGUACGUAUAAUCGAGAAGAAGAGAGAGAGAAAGAGGGAAUGUACAAAGGCGUGGAAUUUUCCGCGUGCAUGAUUAAGAACUGCUCAUUUUCAUUUGUAAAUAAAAGGAUUUCAUAAAUUUAUUAUGUAUCUAUAAUAUAUCGCGUGUUCGCAUGUGCAACUUUACAGCGCGUCGUAAAAGCAAUAAGCCUCUUAUUCUCUCUUGGAUUGUAAUCAAUUAGAGUGGAUUUUAUAAUUAGAGUGGAACUGAAAAAGAUAACAUAAAAUUUUAUCAAAAUCAUAACUGCGUAAUGAAUAUAAGACUUUCCUGGCACAUGUAAUGUAAGUUUUACUCUGCUGAGCGUUCCGAAUUUUAUUUUAUGUUGCGAACAAAUAAAUUAAUUAGACAGAACUCCUUAAAAUACAGUUAAGCGAAGAAAAGGGAUCUGCAUUUUAUUUAAAUCUACAGAAAUUUGGAUCGCUUGCGAGUGGUUUGUGCCAAUGAUGCGGAUAAUACUCCCAUAGGUGUUUAUAAGUAUACUUUGUUAUUGUAUCGUUAAAUACAAACACGUUAUAUCAUCA